CGGAUAGGCGUGCGUCGGCUUUGCGAAUGAGCCAAGAACCACAGCGCAGUCGGUACAGCACAACAAACGUAACGCUCCGCUAGUUCCCUCUGGUCAGUGAGUUGCGUCGUUAAGCCGCGAUAAAGAAGAGGAAGUUAAAAAUCAAAACAAAAGAACGUGCGCAGUUAGUAGCAGUGGAACGUCAAAGUCAAGUUUAAGUGCCCCGACACAAAAACGCUUUUGUAACUGAUUUUGAUUAUAGUAAAAGUCUUUAAAAUCCGAUCUGUCAAUUGCCUGUCAUUUCUUUGGCGGUCAUUUACAACUGGAUUUAGUCGACAUACAGUGCAACAUUUACUCGUAUCAGUUCUACGUCGUCACUCACCGAUGUCCUGCACGAAUUGAUUUUGUUACUGUCAAACUUUUGUCCGUAUUAUUUCCGAAGAAAGACUAAACACUAUGUGGAGACCCUUUGAGCCUGGAAGCUCACCGGUAGACUGGUGUGAAGGGAACUACAGCAUAUCUCCGAGUAUUGCUGAAUUUAUGAAUACAUUUAGCAAUGUGGUGUUUCUACUGCUGCCUCCGGUUCUGAUGCAUCUCUUUAGAGAUUACGGGAGAUUCGUCAAUCCUGGAAUUCAUAUCAUCUGGUUUCUCUUGAUGAUCGUCGGCGCCAGUAGUGCAUAUUUUCACGCAACAUUAUCUCUCAUAGGGCAACUGUUGGACGAACUUGCAAUAUUAUGGGUAUACAUGGCUGGAUUCUGCAUGUUUUUUCCAAGGAGAUAUUUUCCUAACGUAUUCAAAAAUAAUAGAAAGAAAUUCUCAAUAUUUGCAAUAUUGUCGACGGUAAUCGCCACAGGUUUGGCCGUUGUACAUCCGUUUGUAAAUGCAUUCGCACUAAUGACUCUCUGCAUUCCUGCUUUUGGGUUUAUGGUCAUUGAAUUGAAGAGGACGAAAUCUGUUAGAGUUUAUCGUCUCGGUGUUCGAUGUGGUGCUAUUUGGAUUUUGGCAGUAACCUGUUGGCUCAACGAUCGAUUAUUCUGUGAUACUUGGCUGAACUUGAAUUUUCCUUAUCUUCAUGCGCUCUGGCAUUUGUUUAUUUUUAUUGCAAGUUACACAGCCGCUGUAUUGUUUGCUUACUUUUCUGUGACGGAAGAGAAACCUCAUCAAUCUCCGAUAUUAAAAUAUUGGCCCAGGAAUGAUUUUGAAUUGGGAAUACCUUAUGUCACUAUAAGAAGUUACAUCAAGGUAGACAGUAAUACCAAUAUAUAAUGCAAUCAAUCGACGAUAUAUUAUUUAAAACUUGCUUUCUAUUACUCUAAUAGACCGAUACUAUCAGUAUUCAAUUGUCUUGUUAAAAUUUAUUUUAUAAGAAAUUCAGUAACAGCUAGAGUUGUUUAAUCGUCGUCAUUUGAAAUAUGUUAAUUCAGUCCAUAAGUUUCACUUGGUUAAUGUAUGCAAAGAUGCUACAUGUUUGACACGGUUAUGUUACUAAAAUAUCCUCACGAGUUUCA